CCGAGUUACUCCGAGCCGGACUGACGCCCGGGCCGGACGUGCGUCGCGUCGUUUCCUUAAAAUUCCCGAAAAAUUCCGUCUCCCGCCCUUAAUAAACCAAAAUAAUUCCAAACAACGUCAUCUAAACCUCCAAAUAAUCUCUCUAACUCCCCACAACCCCCUGAUUCCGCCUAAAAUUCCUAAAAAUUCUAAAACAAAAGAAAAAUGUCCGCCAUCUUGUGGAGGAGUUGCCGCGCAGCGGACGCACAAACUGCUGAAUAAUCACAUAAAAUUACUGCAAACGCAUAAAACUAUUAUUCCCGUAAUUUCAAGCCACAAUGUAAUUCUAAUCACAUGCCCCUCGUAAUGGCACGGAAUUUUUAAGUCACGGUCAUCCCCUCCCCCUCUGGGGAGUCAUUUUGUUCAUAACAAUGGCGGCGUUCGAUCACUUCUGACGUUUUUACCUAGGUCAAAGUUAACAGACAGCCUCAUGUCUCGUUAUUGUAUUAUUUUCACGUACCGAUAGUAAUUGGCGGCUAUAGUGACUUGGAGGAAGUGCCUUUGGGUGUCAGUUUGCCAUCGGCGGUCGAUCAUGAACGACAGAUCUGAGCAGAUGAAGCUGGGAAGACUAGAAAGGCCCUCUGGCCUCUCCAGAAAAAGUAAAAAACGAACGAACAAAAAGCCUCAGACGCCUAUAACAGACACUUGGUGCUCUGAAGACCGAAAUGAUGGUUCAGAGGCAUCAGUUCCACCCCUGGACUACAGUGGAAUGUUCUGGCAACAGCCAGGAGCUAUUCCCCCUCACAUGCAGCCCCACAAUGGCCAGAGACUCUUCACAGCAAUGUCUGACCCAAGUGUCUGUAGAUAUUCAGCUGUACCAAUGGCCUAUGCCAUGGAGCCCAUCUCCAUGCCACCCAUGUACCCUCUGUACAGGCCUGUGCCUCAACCCAACUACAGGCCCUUCAGGGGACGGGGUCGACGGAAUAUCCAGCAUCAUCCGAAUCUCCAUGGGGUUGUGAAUGGCUACUCCAGCCUCCAGGAGAACAGAACGACCUAUAUGACACCUCAUCUCUAUCAGAAUGGAGAUUAUACCUCUCUGCCACCCACUGCCAAUAAUGAGGUGCGAGAGCAGGUGGAGGAGAUGAGCUCUGAGCACAGAAGAUACUCUGAUCCGGGGUUGGGACCUCCUGAGCUUGAGAACUGCAGGAGUGAAGAAUCAGACAGUGGGGAGAGUGGAAGCUCAAUCAUUACUGUUGGAAAGAACAACAAACUUGUGCUUUCUCUAGUUGAACAGAUGACAAGUCUAAGAGAAUCGAAUAGCCAAAUGUUCAAAGAGCUUCACGAGACAAAGCUCGCCCUGGAGAACGUGAAAGCCGAGUUGUCCAGGGUGACGCAGCAAAAUUCACUGGAUUAUCAGCCAGGAAUGCUAUCAGACAUCAUUGGUGAGAUGAGACAGGCGAAUAAAAUUCUGGAGGAGACCAUGAACGCCAGAAUAUCAGCGAUAAUCGAGGAGAAGAAUAAUCAAAGGCUGAUGGAGCUGGAGGAGGUCAAGGAGUGUCUCGCUAAAAUCACUGAGGAUAAAUCGAAUGGCGAUAAACGAAUCGCUAAACUCGAAGAGGAUGUCGCUAGGCUCAGUAUUAAUGCGAACAAUGAGGGUCGUGAGAUAGCAGCCUUCGAGGAAGAAACCCUAGCACUGCGUCGUGAACUUCAAGAGGCAAGAUCGUCACGUCAUGUGGCUGAGAAUUACUCAACAAAACUGGAGAAACUGGUGGACAUCUUGCAUAAAAUGAUGAGUGGCACGAGGUACGAGGAGACUUCAGCUGAUAUCAGGGAUCUUGUUGGAUGUUUGGAUUCGUCGAAAUGCCACGAUGGGGUAGGGGACGAGAGUGACGAGCAUCAGGAAGAUGAUGAUUUUCAUAAUUAUUCACGGGAAUCUGCGCUCAAUAGUAUCAGUCUCAUGGGGCCAGUCACUGAUCUUUAAUCGUUUAACUUUUUUCUUUUCAAUCAACAAAUUCGAUUUUUCAUUAUUCAACGAGUUUAUUCUACUGAUGUUUCCAUCAAUUAUCGUACAAUUUUGAUCUAAUCAUGUCAAUCACUUUAUUUAUUGAAACCCAUUGAAUUUUUUAAUCCACUCGAUCGAACAAAUAUCGACAAUUGAUAAUAUUAAUUGUUCUCAGUAUUCAAAGUGUUUCAGUCAUUGAAUUGAAUUGUUCUAAUGAAUUUUUAAUCAACUGGUCGUUAAUUACAGGUUCGAUUAAUCGAGCUGUACAGAAUAUCUAGUACUCGUAGAGUUUAUGGAUAAGUAGAGCCAAAUAUUGAUAUAUAUAUAUUUAAUAUCACGCGACGGAUGAGUUUUAACGUCCGAUAGAUUUACACUUAAUUUAUUUAACGAUAUAUCAUGGCUCAAUGCAAACGCCUUGGAAUCAUUCGAUUAUUGGAGUAUAUUAAUAUUUUUUCGUAAUAUUGAUGGUACAUUGGGGAUAUAUUCUCAUUGGGGGUUUUGCAUCGAGUUAUACCUCGCUGAAUUGUAUACGUAAAUGGCGGAUGUCCAUCGAAUCUCAAGGAAUUCAAUAUUUUAAACAUCGAACUUGAAUUAUACUCGAUUUAUUGAAAAUAAGAUUUCGAUUCGUAUUCUUUACGAUUUUAUAAGCGAAUUAAUAGAUAUGUACUGAAUAUAUUUAAUAUGAUAUAUUAAAUAAGAGCAAAAGAGCCACGGAUAUUCUUUUGAGGGAAAAAAUCAUUCGAGAUAUUUUUUAUUUGUGGAUUAAAAUUAUUUUUUAUUCGCGAUAAAAAUUUAAUGGCUAAUUCUUGUGCGAUGAAUUUGUCACUCGAAUGAUUUUUUCCUGGGGAUUCUUGUGGUUUUAAAUAUUUGGGGGAUAAAUUGAGUUUCUUGUUGAAUUUUCAAGUGCCAUUGGUGAAACAAUUCACCCAGUGAGUGGCUACACAAAUUUUAUUUGUGAGAAUGUACUUUAAUGUUGAGCCCAUGGAACAAUAAUUCGUACGAGAGAUUAAUUUUUUAUAAUAACGGUACUUAAUUUUAUAAUCAUUCCGAGAACUUGUACAUACACGGGUAGAUGAUAAUUGAACAUGAUUUUAAUAAAAUGAUUAUACAGAU